AUGACCACGGCAGCCCCCGUCCCCGCAGCCCCCGCGCUCCGCAAUGAGUUCCCCGCUCCGACCCAUCCCGACAGACUACAAGUCAAUCGCAGCACCGAAGCCUUCGGGAGUGGAGCGUUCUCACUAAUUGACCUGCCCGCCGGCGCACUAUUCGCCAAGAUCACCAAUGCCACUCCAGGCAAGAAAGCGUACACCAGCGUGCAGACAGGACCAGACACCCACAUUGAAUUGAACUCAGACCUCGUCUACUGCAACCACUCCUGUGCUCCGUCCCUAGUCUUCGACAUGUCUCGGAUGGAGGUACGGGUCGUGGAUGAUCGGCCUUUGAAGGCUGGGGAUGAAUUGACAUUCUUCUAUCCGAGUACGGAGUGGGAUAUGGAUCAGCCGUUCCAGUGUAACUGUGGUGCGGCUACUUGUCGGGGGAUGAUUACUGGUGCGAAGGCCAUGCCAGUGGAGGUGUUGGAACAUUACUGGAUGAAUCCGCAUAUUUUGGAUUUGUUGCAGUGA